AUGGCUACACAGGAGGUACAACCGAAUGAGACUCUCACUAACCUAAAAGCAGAAUCGGAUACGUUGAAAACGAAGCUUGAGGACGAAAGAGCGAAACUGCACGAUGUCGAACUCCACCAGGUGGCAGAGAAGGUGGAUGGACUGGGACAGUUUAUCAUGAAGACCCGGCGUACUCUGAAGGGACAUGGCAACAAAGUUCUCUGCAUGGACUGGUGUAAGGACAAGAGGAGGAUCGUCAGCUCAUCACAGGAUGGAAAAGUGAUUGUAUGGGAUGCCUUCACCACUAACAAGGAGCACGCAGUGACCAUGCCGUGCACCUGGGUGAUGGCCUGUGCCUACGCCCCCUCUGGAUGUGCAGUAGCCUGUGGUGGUCUGGACAACAAGUGCUCUGUGUACCCUCUGUCCUUGGACAAGAAUGAGAACCUGGCAGCGAAGAAGAAGUCUGUCGCCAUGCACACCAACUACUUAUCUGCCUGUAGCUUCACCAACUCAGACAUGCAGAUCCUGACCUCGAGCGGAGACGGAACCUGUGCAUUAUGGGAUGUGGAGAGUGGUCAGCUGUUACAGAGUUUCCAUGGACACGCCGCCGAUGUUCUAUGUCUCGACCUAGCUCCUUCUGAGACCGGCAACACCUUCGUCUCUGGAGGCUGUGACAAGAAGGCCAAUGUAUGGGACAUGCGCUCAGGCCAGUGCAUCCAGUCCUUCGAAACCCACGAAUCAGACAUCAACAGCGUCAGGUACUACCCCAGUGGAGAUGCAUUUGCUUCAGGCUCCGAUGAUGCUACAUGUCGUCUCUAUGACCUGAGGGCAGACAGAGAAGUGGCCAUUUAUUCCAAAGAGAGCAUCAUAUUUGGUGCCUCCAGUGUUGACUUCUCUCUCAGUGGCCGGCUACUGUUCGGUGGCUACAACGACUACACCAUCAACGUGUGGGAUGUCUUGAAGGGGACGAGGGUGUCCAUCCUGUUUGGACAUGAGAACCGUGUCAGCACUCUGCGUCUGUCUCCUGACGGAACGGCCUUCUGCUCAGGGUCAUGGGACCACACUCUCAGGGUGAGGGAUAGAGGUUAUCACCUGGGUUAA